UUAAAUUUAAGUAAUGAUACGAAUAGGUAAUUUUUUUGUAAUUUAAAAAAUUGACCAUUCCUUGUACGGAUAAUAAAUUGUUUUGAAAAAAGGAGCGUCCUAUUUGGGAAAUUGUAACAGUUGGCAUCAAUGUGCCGGAUCGAUGGACUGUAGCCCGUACCGUGCCGUAUUUUGCCAUUUCGGUGUCGAGAAUUCGUGUUUUCAACUUUUCCUCGGUUAUAAAUCGUUUUAUCGGCGUAAAGUGAUUUUGGAACGUUUUUCCAUAUACUUGUUGACCGACGGCUGUUAAAAAAAAGAAAUGUCCUUUUCGUCGAAUUAGAAAUAUACUGGCCAUGGGGACGAACGGAUAUUCCGACUCAGGGGAGCUUGAAGAUGAGGCUGUAGCCCGCCCCAAGGAGGCCACCCUUGUCUAUGAAGACUCAAAGAAUGCUUCCUCCAUCCUUCAUUCGCUGAACAUGAUGAGGAAGAACACAACUUUCUGUGAUGUUGUUCUCCAUGUGGACCAUGUAGGAAUACCGGCACAUAAAGCGGUUCUAAGUGCUGCUUCACCGCACCUCAUGCAGAUAUUCACAGCUGAUGAUGAACGGUCACCAAAGCAGAAUGUUGUCAACUUUAAGCUUAACGGCAUAUUUGAGAAGGUGGCCUUGGAGAAACUGGUUGAUUAUGCUUAUACAUCUAGGCUUGAACUGAGUCCUCAUCAAGUUAGAUCUGUAUUCAUCGCUGCUACGCAUCUUAAGAUGGAGCGAGUGGCAAAUGAGUGUGCUUCAUACCUUGUUAAAAACCUCAAUGUAGACACUUGCAUAGAAAUAAGAGGCCUUCCAGGGAUAUCUAAGGAAAAGGAUUUCCUUAGUCAAGUUGAUGCUUAUAUCAAUACCAAUUUUGCAGACAUCAGCAAAUCUCCUGUGUUUUUGGCAUUGCCUUGCCUCCAAGUAGAAGUUUUAAGUCAGACAAGAAGUGAGAUGUCACUCGUCGAUUGUGAUUCUGCUGCAAGGCUGGUGCUCGAUUGGUUGCGCGUUUGUGAACUUGGAGCUGAACAACUUACAGAAAAGACACAUAUGCUAUACCUUGCACUUGAUAACACACUGAAGGAUUGUGUUGACCUGCCAUCCGGUGAAAUGGGUGACACUCAGAUCGUCCAGGAUUACAAGAAACUUUCAAAAAACAUGACUAAGAAACGUGCUAAGGCUGUGGCCCCAGCCAAACCGAGGGUAAUCGUUUACUCGAGGAACAUUUCGGACUCGUCAGACGAGGACGUUGGCCAUGAUGACAAAGUUAUCGCCUCAACGCCCGUAUCUAAGCACACUUUCCUUGGUUUGAUCUCUCUGAAAAGUAGAGUGUUUUCGCUCUCUAUACUUCUCAGACUCAACCCACCCACAGAUGGAGGGGGGCAACAAGCUUUUAUGGAAAUAGAUGCAACACAAGAUGAAGAAGAUCCCGGUGCCGGGACUCCAACUUAUUGUGCACUAGCAAGUAUGGCGUCUGUCAAGUGUGCUGCUGGCUGUGCUAAUCUCAAUGAGCGACUCCUCGUAUGCGGAGGUUAUGAUCGUGGUGAAUGUUUACGCUCCACUGAAAUAUAUCUCCCAAUAACAAAUGAAUGGAAGGACCUUUCACCGAUGCUCGAACCUCGAGGACGAUUCAACAUUGCUGUAGUAAAUGGCCUAGCAUAUGCAAUAGGUGGUUGCAACGGCACAAACGAGCUCAGUGGUGUAGAGAUAUACUCUGAGCAAGAAAAUAAAUGGGAACGCAUUUCAUCGUUACCUUUACCUCGCAGUCACACUGCUGUUGCAUCACUCGACGGCCUUAUUUAUUGUAUCGGAGGUUUCAACGACCAGGUCGGUAUCAAGCAGUGUGACCUAUUCGAUCCCAAGACACGAACCUGGACAGAAAUAGAGCCUUUGCACACUGGGAGAUAUCAGGCAGCUGCUUGCGGGUUUAUGGGAAAGGUGUGGGUUGUCGGAGGCUGCGAUGGCUGGAGCUACUUGGGAUCGGUUGAGGUAUAUGAUCCGGUAACUAAAGAAUGGUCUUAUGCAGGGCAUCUCGCCACCCCUCGUCGAGGUCCGGGGCUUCAAGUAUUUCAAGGAAAGCUAUAUUGCGUAGGUGGAUGGGAUGGGACACACUCUCUGUCAUCUACUGAGGUCUAUGAUCCAGAAACAAAAAGCUGGACACCCGGUCCAAGUAUGACCACAGCCAGAUCCAAUCUGGGGCUGGCAGUUGCUGGUUCUAAGCUUUAUGCUGUUGGUGGUUUUUCAAAUAAGACAUUCCUAAAUUCAAUAGAAGUCUUGGCAACUGGGGAUGACCAAGAGUGGACAACGUUUUGCCUCAAAUCAGCCACUGACCAAGUACUUGAUUGAACUAUGAACCGUGCAAUAAAAAAAGAUAAUUAACAUUUUUGAAGAUACUAAAUUAAAUUUGUUAUGUUAUAAUUACUGAUAAAUUAUUAUACCCAAUUUGAAAGUAGAAUGAUAAGAAUUAAGGGUUUAUCAGGGGAAAACACUUUUCAUUUAGUUUUUAAAUAAAAUACACUUACUUAAACCACAGACAAUUGUUAUGCAUUUAUGUACAGAAAGAAAUUGAAAAAAA